UGAAAGUUAGCUGCCGCGGUCCGCAGGGCGGGACGCGCCUUUGCCCCAGUGUAGGCCCCAGCUGCGUCCCGAAGCCUCGCCGCCGGCCAGACACGGAGAGCCAUGGCCUCGGCCCCCAGCCCGCCGUCCCCGCUCCUCGUGCGGGUGUCCGAGCCGGGUCCCCGGCUGCACAGGAAGCUGGAAAGCUACUUCCAGAGCCGAAACUCGGGCGGCGGAGAGUGCACCGUCCGCCCUCGCGGGGAAGGCGCUCAGGGCAUCUUCCGGGUGGAGUUCAGAGAAAGGGCAGCUAAGGAGAGAGUGUUGAGAAAAGGAGAGCACCAAAUUUUGGUUGAAAAGAAACCUGUGACCAUUUUCCUGGAACCCACUGAAAAUCCAACAGAGAAGAAUGUGAGACCCAGAAUGUCUUCACUGACACAGUCACAGGCAGGGGCGCUUUCUGGUGAGAAGCAUCCAGCCGAAGGACACAUUGCUAAUGCUGUGGAUUGUGUCCAGAAGAUCUUUCUUACAGUAACAGCUGACCUGAACUGUAACCUCCUUUCCAAAGAACAGAGGAAAAGCAUAACCACUCUGUGUCCCAAUGUCAAAAAAAUGGAGGGUCAUGAUGGAGUUGAGAAGGUGUGUGGUGACUUCAGAGACAUUGAAAAAAUACAUCACUUCUUGAGUGAGCAGCUCCUGGAAAGUGAGCAGAAAUGUGAACCUUCCCCUUCAGCAACAGAGAGGGAGCCACCCUGGCAGCAGGACUGGGACAGUGGCGUUUUUCCUUCCAAACCAAAAACCAGGUCAGAAGAAAAAAGCAACAACUUCGAAGUUCCCUUGCUUUUCUUUGAAUACUUCAAAUAUGCCUGUGCUGAUAAAAUAGAAUCAAUAGAGAAAAGAUUUGGUAUAAACAUAGAAACUCAGGAAAGUUCUCCAUCUAUGGUCUAUUUAGACUUCACCUCAAGUCAGUCAGGUGACCUAGAAGCAGCUCGUGAGUAUUUUGUCAGUGAAUUUCAGAAGAACACGGAAUCGCUGAAGCAAGAAUGUAUCCUUUUAGCAGAGAAUGAGCAGGCAAAUAAAAUCAAACAGGAACUGACUCACCAGUUUAAAAAGCUCCUUAUAAAGGAGAAAAGAAACACAUUAAUUCUCUUUGGAACCCAAGGUGAUAUUUCAGCUGCCAAACAUUUUCUUGCCUCCAAAAUAUCUAAAGGUCCUGUCAAAGCACCUGUGAAAAUAUUGGCUCCCAAACACAUGAUGAAUGGAAUAGAGGUUGACACAGUUCAGUAUAACCUUUUAGAAGGUGAAUUACUCCAGGAGAUAUCAGAGAUAGAGCAAAAAUAUGAUACUUGCUACAGUGUUUUGGGAAAAACUUACAACAUGAAGACAGUCCGCAUUCUGUUUGAACCCAGGGACAAGGAGGUAGAUCUAUCUGUGCAUGCUUAUGCAAGUUUCAUAGAUGCCUAUCAGCUUGCCACAUGUCAGCUGCUGAGGGAAAUUCUAUCACUGAAACCUUUGGGCAAGGAGAGAAAUCACUUACGUGGGACUAAGUUCACUGAUGACUUUAGAAAAAGGCAUCCAUAUGUACGCUUUGAAGUAAAUCAAGAAUCAGUGACUCUGACCGGUUUGCCAAAUCACCUUGAAAAAGCAAAGCAGUAUAUCUUAAAGACAGGGGGAAUGUUGGCUGGAGAGAAAUGGAAUGAGGCUCGUGAAACACCCAUGGACAUUGACGGUAAUGAUUCAAAAACGGCUUCACCUCCAUACAAGGACUCUGCCAGCUCUGGGUCCUCAGGAGUAGACAAGAAGGUAAAACCCAUGGACAUUGAUGGUAAUGAUUCAAAAACGGCUUCACCUCCAUUCAAGGACUCUGCCAGCUCUGGGUCCUCAGGAGUAGACAAGAAGGUAAAACCCAUGGACAUUGAUGGUAAUGAUUCAAAAACGGCUUCACCUCCAUUCAAGGACUCUGCCAGCUCUGGGUCCUCAGGAGUAGACAAGAAGGUACAACCCAUGGACAUUGACGAUAAUCAUUCAAAACCGGCUUCACCUCCAUUCAAGGACUCUGCCAGUUCUGGGGGUCUAGUGGACAAGAAGGUAAAGGACACAUGUGCCAUCUGUAUGGAAACCAUUAUUAACAAGCAAGUACUACCAAAGUGCAAGCAUGAGUUCUGCACCCCUUGUAUCAGCAAAGCCAUGUCGUAUAAGCCAGUCUGUCCUCUAUGUCAGACUUGUUAUGGGGUCCAGAAGGGGAAUCAGCCAGAAGGAACCAUGAGUGUCACUUUCUCAAAAACAGAACUUCCAGGUUAUAAAUCCUGUGGAUCUAUUAUGAUUCUUUAUCAUAUAAGAGGAGGCAUACAAACAGAAGAGCACCCAAACCCAGGAAAGACAUACUGUGGAAUACAGCGAAUUGCAUACUUGCCUAAUAAUAAGGAAGGAAAUGAAGUUUUGGUACUGCUUCGUAGGGCCUUUGAUCAAAGACUGAUAUUCACCGUGGGGGAGUCUCGAGUAACAGGAGCCUCAGAUGUCGUUACGUGGAAUGAUAUCCACCACAAAACAUCCAUGUUCGGGGGACCAGAAAUGUAUGGCUACCCUGAUCCUGAUUAUCUGAAACGUGUCAAAGAAGAGCUGAAAGCUAAAGGAAUUGAGUAAGAAGAUACUGGAAGGAUGUCUUGAGCCAAGCUUUCAAAUAUAUAGUUGAGGAGGCAGAGUUAAAACCAAUCUAAAUCCUUAUGUAGAAAUAUCUUUUAAAAUUUUUGAUCUCCAGAAGUAGUUUGUAUAAGAGUAGGAUUCUGCUAGUUUGUCAUUUCUGGAGUGUUACUUUUUAUGGAGGACAGAAGCCUCUAAGGUCUGUGUAAUUUUGCUGCAGAGGUGUCAUGCCUCAUUCUUGUGUUAUCCAUCGGGGCAGGGGCUAUAGAUCUGAAAUAACUUUAUAUGCUCUUCAGUUGUACUACUAGCUGCCUAUCAGUCUUCUUUUCACCCGUCUCUGGAGUGGUCCUUUAGUCUUUUGUUCGCUUGCUUGUUUUUCUUCUUUAAUCUUUACCUACCUGUUCAAGUGAAAUUCUAGUGUGAAAGGGGAAUGGGGGUAGGGGGGUGGGGCAAAGCUUAGUUACAGAAAAUUAGAGAACCAUAUUCCCCUCCUCUCCCCCAUGGCCAGAAAAGUGUCCAGGAGUAGAGAUUGGGCAGCCCUUUAUACAAAAUGGAAUCGAGGCUAUUAUUUUUUUCUUAAUGCAAUUUUAUUGAGAUAUAUUCAUAUACCAUAGAAUCCAUCCAAGGUACACAAUUAGUGGCUCACAGCAUCAUCACAUAGUUGUGCAUUUAUCACUAGGGACAAUUUUAGAACAUUUUUGUUUACUCCAGAAAAAGAAAUAUAAAUAAAAAAGAAAACCCAAAACAUCCCAUAACUCCUUACCUCCCCCCAUUAUUGAUCCCUAGAGGCUAUUAUUUUUAAUGACAUCUAUGUUGUUACCAGUCUCUGCCUGGUAUACUGUUGGUGCUGCAUAAAUUUUGUUGUUAUAACCCAGCAGAGGUUUAUAUGCUCUUCAGAUCUUUGGCAUAGUCAGGAGUAAGGAAGCCGUUUCUAGAAUCCUCACCACUAAUUGGAAACUGAGUUUCUUACUCAGAAACACUUGGCAUCUCAUUCCUUUCCAGGCCCUAACUUGGUCCUGUUCCUUCCUGAUCCAUGUAAUCCAUGUAACCUGCCAUUGCCCUGCCACAGUAGUGCUGACUCAUUUCUGGAUAUUUCUUCUUCUGGAUAUUACUAUACUUUUGAGUGUAUCCAUUUCCAGUUUUAACAGCUAAAUAACCUUACUUCAGUUUCCAUAGGUUAUCAUUUCCACAGUAACUGUAGUCCCCACUGUAGUUUUUUAUCCCUUUACUAUGUCUCUCCAAGUCACAUUUCCCCCUUAAAAUAUUUCUGCCAAUUACUCAUUCUGGACAGAGAAAAAAAAAAAAAAACAGAGAGUUGAGAAUACUGUAGGAAUAUAUGACAUGUCAAACUUUAUGUUUAAAUGAUUCUCCAAUCCAGAAGAAAGUUAUACUAGCAAAUUAUCUGUUUACCCAUGUCCCAGUCUUCCUCCAAGAAUGAUGAACAAGAUGUCUUGUUCUUUUCCUAAAGAUACACAUAGACACAGAUAGAAUUUUUUUGGUCUCCUAGAUCAGAAAAUAAUAGUUAAUACUUAUUGAGUUCUUAUUUUGCCCCCUUCAUAAGAGUUUUAAAUCUGUGUGAGAGUAACAUUCUGCUAGUUUGUCAUUUCUGGAGUGUUACUUUUUAUGGAGGACAGAAGCCCCAAAGGUCUGUGUAAUUUUGCUAUUAGUGUCCCCAUUUUAUAAACAAAACUGAUGCAUGGAGAGAACAGGUAACUUCACAAAGGUCACAUACGUCGUAAAUGGAGUCACUGGGAGUCAAACCAGGGGGUCUGCUUCUGCAUGAAGUGAGUGGAAGAGUAUCCAUUAUUCCGGGCUGCUCUCAAAAAGGGAUGCCUGCAUAGUCCUCAAAGCACAUUUUUUCCAAGGAAGUCAAAACCCAGAAACUUUUCUUUUGUCCAGAGAGUUGAGAAAGUUUGGACUGAAUAAUAUAUCCUUCUUUUCUGUCAGAUUAUUUGUUUAGUUUUGGGUGAUUCAUUGAAGUCUUUUGCCCUUUUCAUCAAUUGACUGUUUUGUAUCUAUCUACUUCAGCUACAUUUGCUCCAGAAAAGCAAGAGUUCGGUUUCUGUUGGGUUUUUGGUUCCUUGAUUGCAAUCUGUGUGCAUAUGGAAGUGAUCAUGCCACAUGUGGUUGGUGAGCAUUGGAUGAGUGCUUUUGCUCUUUGGAAGGUGGUAUCAUCGUCAUCUGUUAAAUAAAGUUAAAUCCAUAUCAGGAACAGCAA